CUAAGGUUGAGGUUGCGUGCAACAUUUAUUGACUUCGCUAUUGUUCACCAUUCUUGACGUGGACGGGUCAUCUUGAUUUUUGUUUGACAUAUGCGUGCUUGGUUCAAGUUAAUACGGUAGCAAAAAUCGGAGUGUAGUAGUGGGUCCCGUACCAAUUUGCGCUUUGUUAUAAAUAUGAGCGGCUCAUGCCCACACCGUUGACAACAAAAAUCACGUUUCCAUCCAUCCUGGCGCACAAGAGGAAGCGGAGAGCGCUCUCUCUCUCCCGCCCGCAAUAUCAUGGCGAGAGCACACCUAGCCCUGGUCAGCUUCUUCGCUGCCUCAAUUAUUGGUGCGGCGUCCAAGUCGUUCACCAUCGCCAACAACUGCGAGCACACGGUGUGGCCGGGGAUCCUCUCGAGCGCCGGGUCCGCGGGGGUGGACACCACAGGCUUCGCGCUGGCGCCGGGGGAGUCGCGCGCUCUGAGCGUGCCGUCGGGGUGGUCGGGCCGGCUGUGGGGCCGCACGCUCUGCUCCACCGACGCGGCCACGGGCCGGUUCGCCUGCGUGACCGGCGACUGCGGCUCGGGCAGGCAGGACUGCGGCGGCGGCGGGGCCGCCCCGCCGGCCACGCUGGCCGAGUUCACCAUGGACGGCAGCGGGGGCAUGGACUUCUACGACGUGAGCCUGGUGGACGGGUACAACCUGCCGAUGCUGGUGGCGCCGCAGGGCGCGGCCGCUGCCGCGGGGGGCAGCUGCGUGCCCACCGGCUGCAUGGCGGACCUCAACGGCGCGUGCCCCGCCGACCUGCGCGUGGCGGCUUCGACGACGUCCUCCGGCGGCGGCGGCGUGGCCUGCAAGAGCGCGUGCGAGGCGUUCGGGUCGGCGCAGUACUGCUGCAACGGCGACUACGGGAACCCCAGCACCUGCAAGCCGUCGGCGUACUCGCAGUUCUUCAAGAACGCGUGCCCCCGGGCGUACAGCUACGCCUACGACGACGCCACCUCCACCUUCACCUGCGCCGGCGACACCGCCUACGCCAUCACCUUCUGCCCCAGCACGACCAGCGUCAAGGCGGCCGGAGGUAGCCCGCAGGCGCAAGGAGCCCUGCCGCUGAUGAACGCCACCAUGGUGUACCUCGGCGGCGACCAGGUCGGAUCCGCCACAGCCGCGGCCCGGCUGCCGAGCGGCCUCCUCCACCACGUCGUGGUCCUCGCCGUUGUGUCCCUCGCGCUAGCAGGGGCUCUGUACUGAUGGUGAGCCCCACUGCACAGUGACGACGCGACGCCACGCGGGAGACAAUCGUGCUCCUACAGAUCGAAGAACAAAAAUUGCAGGACAGAAACGAGAAAUGGACGCAUCACCUGCCUGCCGGUGUGGACGGCGGUGGUCCUCGCGGUCCAGCGAGCCCCGACGACGGUGUGAUUAUUCACCCGUGCCGAGAGAGACGUGUGUAGCGGCGAUGCAGAUUUGAUUGAAGACAUUAUUGUGCGUUUUCUUAGAUAUUUAUUAAUUACACGAUAAUACAAACAUGUAUUUUUAUAGCAGUUGAGCUCUUUUGUUUGUGUAAAGGCUAGACAUCCUCUUUUUCUUCCAUUUUCUAUAUAUAAGUCAGUGGUUACGAUAAUAAUAAGGAUACUAGGUAUAUGCC